CGCAGCGCUGCCAGGGUCGUGUCGCACAGAUCAUUUUCUUUUAGACAAAACUCGAAGCGGUGCUUUAAUAUUUACUUUCAAAAUGUCUCACCAAUCUGGAAUUCGAGUUUCGCAAGAGCUCGCGGACUUAUUUGCAAAUGCCGUUAACAAAAAUAAUUUAAGAAUUAUUCGCGUAUCAAUUGUUAAUGAAUCACUAGUUCCGAACGGUACAAAGGAUAUUUCUGGCAACUCGGAUUCUGACUUUGCGGGAGUUGGUGAAUUCUUAGAAGAGAAGGUGCCUUGCUACAUUCUUUAUCGACUUGAUUCAAAAUCUUUAACAGAAAACUAUGAAUGGUUGUUUAUGGCCUACGUUCCUGAUCUCGCUAAGGUCAGAGAUAAAAUGUUGUAUGCGUCGACACGUGCGACUUUAUCAAAAGAGUUAGGAGACACUCACUUUGUUGAUUCUAUGUAUGGUACUACAGUAUCUGAAUUUACACUAGAAGGAUAUCAAAAGCAUAAAAAACAUCAGGAUGCCGAAGCGCCAUUAACAGCACGCGAGAAGGAAUUAGCCGAAGUGAAAAUUGCCGAAGCUAGCGCGAAUGCAUUUAGUUAUUCGGCACGUAAAUCUCAUGCUGCGGGAAUUUCUUUUCCAAUGUCUGACGAAGCAGUGCAAGCUAUACAAGGUUUGCAACAAUCUGAUUUAACAAAUAAUUUUGUUAAACUAUCAUUGGAUACUGAUAAAGAAAAGAUCGAACUUGAUGAAGUUAGAAAGAUCGAUAUUAACGACCUUGCAAGCUCUUUUCCUACCGACUCUCCAAGAUUUGCUUUUUACGUAUAUCAGCAUACGCAUAACGGACAGGAUGUUAGAUCCAAUAUUUUUAUAUAUAUUUGUCCCCAGAAUUCAAAAAUUCGUGAGCGCAUGCUAUAUUCUUCAUGUCGAGGUUCCGUGAUUACAUUUGGUGAAAGUGAAGCCAACAUCACGAUCACUAAAAAGCUGGAAACGAAUGAGCCUGCUGAACUUACUAAAGAAUACAUUUUGGAAGAAUUAUAUCCAGUGAUUGAUACUGCACCAAAAUCAUUUUCUAGACCUAAACCACCGGGAAGGAAAGGGGCUGUUAGAACAUAGAUUACGUCACAUACAAAAAAUUUCUUUGUUUAUUAUUUAAAUUGUAUAUUUUUUGUUUUUGAUAUUAAAUUAUUAAAUCACUGUCAUAUGUACUGUAUUUAUUUAAAAAAUGAUAUUUUGAUUAUGAUUAUAAAUUUGAUCUGUUUAUAAAUUUUAUAGUUGUUCUGUUUACGAAAACUUGUCAAGUGUUAGAAGGUUACUUCUAGGGUUCAGUGAACCGAUCCUAUAUAUGAAGAAUUUAAUAUAUACAUUAUAAUAUUUAUAAUUUGUAACCCUUUAAAAUUUAAUAGCCAUAUGAUCAAAUUUAUUUUAGAUCAUUGGUUUUUAGAACUUAAAGUUUAAUCCUACUGAAAGCAGUAACUAAAUAAAUUUUAUGUAAAUAUAAAACAUUUCUUUCAUAGCAUCCUAUCCAACUAGCAGAUAUAUCCAGAAAGCAUA